CCUCAAGUCCCCCCUCAAGUCCCCCCUCAAGAGUCAGUCAUGAGCCCUCCACGCCGAUCAUCCAGUUCCCAUGGUGACAGGACCUCCACAGAGACCCUGCAGAGGAACAACAGCAGCAACUCUGGCGUUAUUCUGGACAUCUCUGCUCUCAAGAUGGCUGAGGUGGAUACAGAGGUGCCUCCUCUUCCACCUCGCUACCGCUUCAGGGACCUGCUGCUGGGGGACCAGACAUUUCAGAAUGAUGACAGGGUGCAGGUGGAAUUCUACGUCAAUGAAAACACCUUCAAGGAGAGGCUGAAGCUUUUCUUUAUCAAAAACCAAAGGUCAAGCCUGAGAAUCCGCCUCUUCAACUUCUCACUGAAGAUUCUCACCUGUGCCCUCUACAUCCUGAGAGUCAGCCUGGAUGACCCAGAGGAGCCCAACUACAAGCCCUGUGCAAUAUGUGGAAACAACAGUUGGAGUAAUGCAACAGACUCAUCAAAAAUCAACUGGGAAUUGAUUUUCUGGGUUCACAGACGGGUUCCUGUAUGGGCGAUCCAGGUGUCAGUGGCCUUAAUCAGUUUCUUGGAGACCAUGCUUAUCACAUAUCUCAGCUACAAGGGGAACAUUUGGGAGCAGAUUUUCCAAAUAUCCUUCAUAUUGGAGAUGAUCAAUACAGUGCCAUUCAUAAUCACAAUCUUCUGGGCUCCACUGAGAAACAUUUUCGUCCCUGUGUUUCUAAACUGCUGGCUAGCCAAAGGCGCCCUGGAGAACAUGAUUAAUGAUUUCCAUCGAGCCAUCCAGAGGACCCACUCUGCCAUGUUCAACCAGGUGUUCAUCCUCAUUUGCACCUUACUGUGUCUGGUUUUCACGGGAGCCUGUGGGAUCCAGCAUCUAGAGAGAGCCGGGAAGCACCUGACUCUGUUUGACUCGUUUUAUUUCUGCAUCGUCACCUUCUCCACUGUGGGCUACGGGGAUGUAACGCCGCAAAUUUGGCCUUCCCAGCUGCUGGUGGUCAUUCUCAUCUGUGUUGCUCUGGUUGUGCUCCCACUGCAGUUUGAAGAACUUGCGUACCUUUGGAUGGAGAGCCAAAAGUUAGGAGGAAACUACAGUCGCCACCGGGCACAGACAGAGAAGCAUGUGGUUUUGUGUGUCAGCUCGCUCAAGAUUGAUCUGCUGAUGGAUUUCCUAAACGAGUUCUACGCUCAUCCCAGACUACAGGACUACUAUGUGGUGAUCCUGUGUCCAACAGAGAUAGACAUUCAGGUUCGCAGAAUCCUCCAAAUCCCUCUUUGGUCCCAGAGGGUCAUCUACCUUCAAGGGUCUGCCCUCAAAGACCAGGACCUGAUGAGGGCCAAGAUGGACGACGCUGAAGCCUGCUUCAUCCUCAGCAGCAGGAACGAGGUCGACCGCACUGCUGCUGAUCACCAGACUAUUUUGAGGGCUUGGGCAGCGAAAGACUUUGCUCCAAACUGCCCUCUCUAUGUCCAAAUUCUCAAACCAGAAAAUAAAUUCCAUGUUAAAUUUGCAGAUCAUGUCGUAUGUGAAGAGGAGUUCAAGUAUGCCAUGUUGGCGCUGAACUGUGUGUGUCCGGCCACGUCUACCUUAGUCACACUCCUGGUCCACACCUCCAGAGGACAGGAGGGACAGUUAUCCCCAGAGCAGUGGCAGAGAACGUAUGGGCGCUGCUCUGGCAACGAGGUCUACCACAUCCGCUUGUGUGACAGCAAGUUUUUUGGAGAGUACGAUGGAAAGAGCUUCACGUACGCCUCCUUUCAUGCCCAUAAGAAGUAUGGUGUGUGUUUGAUCGGCGUAAAGAGAGAAGACAACAAGAGCAUCAUGCUGAACCCCGGCCCCCGACACAUCAUGGCUGCUGCCGACACAUGCUACUACAUCAACAUCACCAAGGAGGAGAACUCUGCCUUCAUCUUCAAACAAGAGGAGAAGCACAACAAGGGGCUGCCAGUCACCGGCCUCUACGACGCCCCCUCUAGGCUGCCAGUGCACAGCAUCAUCGCCAGCAUGGUUGAUCAGGCCACGUCAUAUGGAACUGUAGCCAUCGAUCUCCAGAACCCAGAUCCGCCGGAGGAAAGCAGCAAACUGACCUUGCCUACAGAGAACGGAGCGGGAAGCCGCAGACCGAGCAUCGCACCUGUCCUGGAGAUCGCAGACUCCUCCGCCAUUCUACCCUGCGACCUCCUCAGCGACCAAUCAGAAGACGAGACCAAUCAAUCAGACGAGGAGGGCUCUGUAGGCUCAGAUUUCGUGAAGGGCUACCCUCCCAACUCGCCCUACAUCGGCAGCUCUCCAACUCUGUGCCACCUCUUGCCACAGAAAGCUCCGUUCUGCUGCCUUCGCCUCGACAAGGGCUGCACUCAUAACAGCUUUGAGGAUGCCAAGGCAUAUGGCUUCAAGAAUAAGCUGAUUAUAGUGUCAGCAGAGACUGCAGGAAACGGUCUGUACAACUUCAUUGUCCCUCUGCGUGCUUACUAUCGGCCCAGGAAGGAGCUCAACCCCAUAGUGCUGCUGCUGGACUACCCGCCAGACAACCACUUCUUAGAGGCCAUUUGCUGCUUUCCAAUGGUUUACUUCAUGGCUGGAACAAUCGACAACUUGGACAACCUGCUACAGUGUGGAAUAAUCUACGCUGACAACCUAGUGGUGGUGGACAAGGAGAGCACCAUGAGCGCUGAAGAGGACUACAUGGCCGACGCCAAGACCAUCGUCAACGUCCAGACCAUGUUCAGGUUGUUCCCCAGUCUCAGCAUCAUCACUGAGCUCACACACCCGUCCAAUAUGAGGUUCAUGCAGUUCAGAGCCAAGGACUGCUACUCACUCGCUCUCUCCAAACUGGAGAAGAUAGAGCGUGAUAAGGGCUCCAACUUGGCCUUCAUGUUCCGGCUGCCGUUCGCUGCAGGCAGGGUGUUCAGUAUCAGCAUGUUGGAUACACUGCUUUACCAGUCUUUUGUUAAAGACUACAUGAUUGCUAUCAUAAGGCUUCUUCUGGGUCUGGACACCACGCCAGGUUCUGGGUACCUGGGUGCUAUGAAAAUCACAGAGGAGGACCUGUGGAUCAGGACGUACGGCAGACUCUUCCAGAAGCUUUGCUCCUCCAGCGCUGAGAUCCCCAUCGGUAUCUAUCGCACCGAGUCGCACAUGUUCUCCACCUCAGAGGGUAAGGACAGUUCUGCACAGUCUCAGGUGUCCAUAAAUGUGGAGCAGGGCGCAGAGCACACUGAGCGCAGAGACACCUGGAAGGAGAAAGCCUCUCACAGAAACUCCACCACGAGCGACCAAUCAGAGCACCCGUUGCUGAGGAAGAAGAGCAUGCAGUGGGCGCGGAGGUUGAGCAGGAAGAGCGCCAAACCGUCGAGCAGAGCAGAGAGAAUCUCGCAGCAGAGACUCAACCUGUACCGACGUUCGGAGCGGCAGGAGCUGUCUGAGCUGGUCAAGAACCGCAUGAAGCACCUCGGCCUGCCGACUGUGGGAUACGAGGAUGUUUCUAAUCUCACUGCGAGCGAUGUCAUGAAUCGAGUAAAUCUAGGAUAUUUGCAAGAGUUGCAGGACAUUUCAGAGCACCCGUAUACAGAGGGGACCAGGCCGGCAGGGCCACAAGCAGACGAGAUGAACGACCACCAGAACACGCUGUCCUACGUCCUCAUCAACCCUCCUCCUGACACCAUGCUGGAGCUCAACGACAUUGUGUACAUAAUCCGCUCCGAUCCGCUGGCACACAUGCCGGAGGACUCCCAGGUGGGUCAGGCCCGCGGCACAAGGAACCAGCAGGACUUUGGCACGGAGACGAGGGAUGAGACUCACCUCUGAGAGCCCCUCGACCCUCCUCCACACCCUGACCCUUAACGUUCAAGCCCAGCCUGGGCGUGAGAUAGCUGGUUUGUGUCCUACAGAUGGGAGGCUUAGGUCAGCAGUUCAUCAUGAAUGUGCAUUAUGUGUCUCUCAGCCUCAGAGUCAGAAAUAAUCAACGUUUUGAAGACGGCCACAGAAAGAGCUGCUGUUUCCCACUGAGCUGCUACAGGAGGAUGCAUGAAGAGUGCCUAGUUAACCACCCCGACUUCCCCAAGCCCACCCGCUGUACUAGCACACAACACCCUCACAACGUUUCAUCCGUAUCUUCUUGGGUAUUUGGAUUUUUGCACACAUACUGUACAGGAUAUGAAAUCAUGAUUCAUCACAGGGGUGAAGUUGCCCUCCUGCCACGACUACAACCAACCCAACUACUCAUCUUUCUACCUAAACUCACCAAGAACUGAAUCAUGAGGGGGAAAUAAACCCUCCUCCACAUCCUCCUGUUUUCUACGAGUGAAGGCUACGUAUUUCUAUCAAUUUAAGCAUUGUUAUCAUUCAAUUACACUUUCAUCUGCACUUUUCUUCUUUUAUUACAAAGUAUCUGUUUUUUUGGUCUCUCUUUGAAUCAGACGAGAUUUCAUUUUCUUUAUGAGCACAAACGUUUUUUACCUAUGAAUAUACACACUGUAGUGGCACUUUUAUGCGCCAUAUUAGAAUCGUUAGCAUUUCUCUCUCGUUUUGGUUCGUUUAGGAUGCAGAUUUGUUUUGUGAUUGUUGUGAAAGGUUGAAUAUUGUUAUAUCAUUUUGAUGUGUUAAGUGUCCUAAAUCAUGUCUGCUACACUCUGUGCCAUUCUUUUAUUUUGUAAAUAUUUUUUAUAAUCAUUUGUGCCAAGCUUUCCUCUUUUGUGAAAUCAGUGUUUUUCUUGAAAGAGCCUGGCGGACAUGAGCCCAAGUGAUUAAUGUUCAGAGAUCAGACGGGCAGUACGAGAGAUCUCUUCUGGUCAGAAAAGCUGAGCAAGGUAGAAGAAUAUUAAGGCUCAAUUAAGAUCAAAUGAUUUUGGUGGUCCUUGGGUCGUUUCACUUUGCUUACAAAACAUUCUCUCUGAAUGUGUAUUUAUAUUUCAAGUUGCUCAUGUUUUAAAAGACAUAUCUAUAUUUUGUUUUAAUUUAACAUUUUGUAAAAUUGUAUUUUUUAAGAUGUUCACUAUUAUAAGUGGAUUUUAUUUUGAAGCGUGUUGGGGAAGAAGCUUGUCAACACUCUUAGGUCUAUGUGAUCGAUGUGAAGCAGGAAAGCAGCUAGCUGUACCUCAAAGUCUUACAGAUGUUACUCUUAUGCUUUGUUUUGUAUUUUGUUGAUUCUUUGCAAAAACUCUAAAUUGGAUAUUGUAGCUUUGGAUAAAACAAGCUAUAGGGUUGAGGAAUUCUUGGGCAAACCAGGCUGUCUGUUUCUCUCUGCUCCAGUGUUUAAGCUAAGCUACACUAACAGUCCUCUGACUGUAGUAUAAUAACUGAAAGACCUAUCUCUAUUUACAGAUUACAGAUGUCAAAAUGGAGAAUCUGUAUUUCGGGGUCUGGACUCUAGUAUGUGAAGUGUUUGGUUUCUGUUUGCAGUAAAUUUGUGGUCUGAAUAGUGUAGACCGUUUAUGGUGAAUGGUAAAUGGACUUGACCCUUUCUAGUCUUCUGACUUCUGGCUUUGUUGUAUGCAGGAAAAAAAACAGUCGGUAAGGAGAGCAAUCUGCCAUAAUAACAUCUCAUCAGCGGUACUCUGAGUGUUUAUCUCUAUAAACAGAUAUUUGAAUGCAUGUAUAGCUAACAGUCCGUUCUUUAUCCAAGUUCAGCCUAAGCAAACAAUCUGUUUGAAGCUGAGUAGCAAAGCCAAUCAGAGCUUAGAUUUCCCAACUUCCUGGAAUGUAUCGUAAAUGAUUGAUCCGACCUCCACUCAACAAACAGGCGUUUUAAAAGUGUUCUUCAUUUUGAGGGCCGACUUGAUAAACUGCCUUUUAACUUUAAAAAAAUCUAAAUCAAGAUGUCGCUCUUUCGGCAAACUUGUUGAAGUAAGCCUGAGUGAAGCCUCUGUGUAACUUAUUAUUUAUUAUUUAUUUACAAGCCCUCCUCAUGAGCUGUAAUUAACAUCUACAUUGUAGACAUUUCUGAAGGGGUGAAUUCAGCUUCUCUUUUGAUCUGAGUACAUGAUGGCUUCACAAGUAGCUAAUUGGACUGUUAACAGGGUUAGGCUGGAGGUGGGUGAGGGUUACAUUUUGACUGGAGGGGAUUUAGCACUAAACACUCGCUACACUAGUCUUAGAAGUUGAAGAAGUUGGACAUGGUCUCCAGAGGUGGACUACAGCCGAUGGGGUUUAAGACUUUUGACCGAUAAGAGAUGAGAAUUGUUUCAAUCUUCUCCAGGCGAGAAAUCAAAUGGGCGUAUUUGUUGACCUAUAAUUUAAACGUAUCCAUCAAAAGUGUACUUUCAGAUAAAUUAUCCAUUUACCUUGACUCAAAUAUCAUUAGCAGUGUUUGCAUCCCACAGCAGGAUCUACCGUUGAUAUUUCUUUACUUUUGUGAUGUUUCCUUGAUUUCUGCUUAUUGUGAUUCUCCACGUUCAGCACAUUUUUGUGAGUUGUAGUACAGCUGCUUUUGUUUUGUCUCUUCUGUGUGUUAAGAAAAAAAAGAAAGAGGACUUGAACUAUUUUUGCACUAAGCUCUGCGGGGAUGUCACGAGCAGAACAGCAAGACCCUUUAACCUGAAUCUGUGCAACACGGUGGACAGUAUUCAACCUUUCAUGUGACGCAAAGACAAACAUGCAGAGUCAUGUCGCGCAUUGAGUUGAUUUACAUUGUAGUUGUUUGAAAGCUUAUUUUGGUAAAUGUUAUUUUCCAAAGUCAAAGAAUAAGAAGUGAAUGACACAGUAUUCCAAAUGAAUUGAUUCCUCUGAGAUCUGCUAUGUUUGGGUUGUUUCAGAGGAGUCCGUUUAAGCUUUUCAUGUUUGAGUUUGUCCCUCUAAGAUGUAGUUUUUCUCUUUGCUCUGCGGCCCCUCAGAUGUCAGUUUACAGGGCAGGAGAGCUGAGGAGUGAAAGUGUGAGAGAUCAUUGACAGACAAUAAGAUCGACGUUCAGAUUCACUCAUUCGUUGUCCUCGGUCCUCACUUGUGAUAAAUCUAAUGUCUCCACAAUGUUCACCACUGAUCUCCUCCUGUCCAUAAUUACAGAACCACACAGGGCAUGUAAACCUUACAAAGCAUGUUUUGAUAUUCAAGCUUGCCAAGAACGAUGAUUUUCUUUUUGGACAUUUAGCAGGACGUCACGUGUGAUGUCCAACAGCUAGAGAAACCCAUAAUUUAUCAACUGCUUGCAAGUUGGAGCCAUUAUUUGAUACUGUGUAUUUAUAUGAAUGGAACAUGCAUGUUGUCUAGGUGUUACCAAAAGCCGACGUAUUAUGUUUACCUCCACUAUGUUUUUAAGUCAAUGUCAAAAAGGGGUUAAUCCAUUUUGUACUAUUUCUAAUGAGAAGCGAGUGUACUUGGACAUAAAAUAUGAACAAAUAAAUGCUGCAUGCAGCCAGAGAAAAAUGAA